AUGAAGAUGCGAGCGAUUAUGCUGUUGGCGGUGUGUUUAACCAGUGGCAUUGCAGAUUCUAUUUCAAAACAAAAACUUUCGGCCGAUAACAAGCAGCCUUUGUCAGAAACUAAACCAAGAGAAACAAAACACAGCAAUGAAGCAUUGUUAAACAAUGUUGAACCAGAACAAAAGAAAGACGUAAUAACCAUAAAUUCUGCGGCAAAUAUGAAUGACGACAACGGUGAAUACAGUGAUUCCAAUGUGCAGAUUAUAAUAGAGAGUAUUGACAGCCCAGCGGAGGAGAUGCCGUCAAAAUCUGAAUCCGUGUUUAUCAAUAAUGAGAUUGCAUUAAACAGUGAUAAUUAUCGUGAUACAUAUAUUGAUAGUGAUCCGAAUGAAAUAAUGGAAACAGCUGCUGGUUUUGUGCCGAUCCCAAUAUUUAGAAAGAGACAAAAUGCACGCAGAAGAUUUGCAACGCGACGUCACUUUAAAAGAAACCCAUACCCAUAUACAUACAAGAGACUGUAUUAUUAUUAUCCAUAUUAUGGAUUUUAUUAUCCUAGCUCUCUAAAAUAUUACUAAACUUUUAGAAAAUAUUUUU